CCUGCCCGGCCGGGUGGGGGACGGAGGUAACCAGGUGGCAUGUGCUGAGCCGUGCUCCCUGCAGGACCCAGAUCUGGGCCGCAGCCCCCCACCCCCAGCUCUUCCAUGGCGCUCAGGACCGAGCCCCCCGACGGGGGCUGGGGCUGGGUGGUGGUGCUCGCGGCGUUCUUCCAGUCGGCGCUGGUGUUCGGGGUGCUCCGCUCCUUCAGCGUCUUCUUCGUGGACUUUGUGGCGGUGUUUGAGGAGCGGGCUGCCCGAGUCUCGUGGAUCGCCUCCAUAGGGAUCGCGGUGCAACAGUUUGGGAGCCCAGUGGGUAGUGCCUUGAGCACGAAGUUCGGGCCCCGGCCAGUGGUGAUGACUGGAGGUAUCUUGGCUGCACUGGGGAUGCUGCUCGCCUCCUUUGCUACCUCCUUGACCCACCUCUACCUCAGUAUUGGAUUGCUCUCAGGCUUUGGUUGGGCCUUGACCUUCGCUCCGACGAUGGCCUGUCUGUCCCGAUACUUCUCUCGCCGGCGAUCCCUGGCCACAGGGCUGGCACUUACUGGAGUGGGCCUCUCUUCCUUUGUUUUUGCCCCAUUUUUCCAGUGGUUAAUCAUCCACUAUGCCUGGCGGGGAGCCCUAAUGCUGGUAUCUGCCCUAUCCUUACAUCUGGUGGCCUGUGGUGCUCUGCUUCGCCCACUCUACCUGACUGAAGAUCCUGCUAUGGGUGGCCCUGGGUCCCAACUUGUCUCCUUGCUUCACCAUGGCCCCUUUCUCCGUUAUACUGUUGCUCUUACCCUGAUCAACACUGGCUACUUCAUUCCUUAUGUUCAUCUGGUGGCCCAUCUCCGGGACCUGAAUUGGGACCCACUUCCUGCUGCUUUCCUCCUCUCAGUGGCUGCUAUUUCUGACCUUGUGGGUCGUGUGGUUUCUGGAUGGCUAGGAGAUACAGUCCCAGGGCCUGUUGCACGACUCCUCAUGCUCUGGACCACUCUGACUGGGGUGACUCUGGCCCUUUUCCCUGUGGCUCAGAGUUCCACAGCCCUGAUGACUUUGGCCAUAGCCUAUGGAUUCACAUCAGGGGCCUUGACCCCAGUGGCCUUCUCCGUGCUGCCUGAACUGGUGGGGACUGGAAGGAUAUACUGUGGCCUGGGAAUGGUGCAGAUGGUAGAGAGCAUUGGAGGGCUGCUAGGGGCUCCUUUGUCAGGCUACCUGCGGGAUGUGACAGGAAACUACACAGCUUCUUUCGUGGUGGCUGGGGCCUUCCUUCUUGUGGGGAGUGGAGUUCUCAUCACCUUGCCCCACUUCUGCUUCUCAGUUGCUACCUCCAAGCCCCAGGACCUUGUAAGAGAUGCACUGGAUAUCAAAGCUCCUUUGUCCAAGGAGGGGCAGUCAGACCCAGGAAGUCAGAGUCUGGCAGCACCUGGUCUACUCCUGACUAAUAUUGGUACUCACAGAACCACAGAGUCUUAAACAUCUUCACCUGAUUCCCCCAGGGCAAACCUGGGGUUACUAUGAU